AUGGAAGAUCUGAUGAAGAAGGCCCAAGAAGAACACGAUAUUGCAAGUCAGCAGUAUAUGGAACUGGAUGAACAUGAUUCCCAGAGAAAGGCCCAGAAGGAUCGAAUAGAUGAACUCACCAUGACUAUGAAUGUGAUAGCAGAAUUCAUGGCUGGAGACAGCUACGGGGUGCCGGCUCAGCAUCGUCGACGACGGCAACAUUACUGUUGUUCACGAUGGUGGCAGGGAUUGAUCUGA